AUGAGAUGGCAAGGCGUUCGCUCCUCGAGGGCGAUCAGCACACUUGCCAUCUCCCUCACACUCCUGAGCCCGACAUUGGCAGCCGCAGCGUUCACUGCUCAAACACCAACGCCGACUCCGCCUCCUGUCCCCGUACCAACUCAGUCCCAUGUCGUCCAUGAGCGAAGGCAAAAUACUCUCGUCUCCCCGUCCCAGGAUGACCAGCAGUAUGCCCCAACGGUAACCACCACCUACGCCGUCAUGGCUCAGACAGAUGAGGACUCUCCGACCCCAGCAGCUGGUGCCGACCAGGCGUGGAACACUGUGCCUGUUGCAGCCAUGAUGGGGCUGAUCAUGCCGAACCCAGACUACGACAUAUACACAGCCUUCAACACAACGGGCGGUACCGACGUCAAUGACGUUCCGGAAGGUCACCAGAUGUGUGGUUACUACCAGCCUGAGAUACGAGACGACGGCCGCUGUCAUGACCCGAUAGUGUACUCAAAGGCAUUCUUCGCAACCAAGUCGUUCAGCGUCAAGGUGCAGCCUACCAACUAUCACCUUCGCAGUGCCAGCUCCGUCACCUUCUGGGAAGCUGUCAGCACCGAGACGCCACCUCCCGUCCCUGCCGAGAAGCAGGGCACCGAUCAGCGUCAGAAGACUGCCAUUGCCGUUGGAGUUACGAUCGCCGUUCUCGCUGUCAUCAUUUGGACGAUCUUCUUCUUCUGCUACCGCCACAAGCUGUUCCACAAGCGCGAGGCUGUGGCGCUCAACCGCAUGCGCCCGGAGGAGCGUAUGCAGUUCUUUGCCGAGAACCCGACCCACUGCCUCAACCCAGCGCGACCUCCGCGCUGGUACCAGCGGCACUCCCCCGGCCAGCGAGCGGCUAUGAAGGGCGACUGGGAAGAGUACAGAGGCUGGGACUGGAAGAAGAUGCCGCUACCCUACCCGCCGAUGUACAACAAGAAGAAGAGGCACAGCAGGAAGGGCGGCAAGUGCUGGGGUCGCAGGAAGGGCAAGAGGGUAACGAUGGCGCCGAAGGAUACCGUCGUCUACACCCCUGUUUACUAUCCUGGUAUGGCAGAUGGACGAUACAACCCGCAGGAGCAAGCUGAAGCGGCCAACCUUCACCAAUAUGGCCGCCAAGCUCGAGCCGAGCAGCAAGCCUACCUCGAACAGCAGGCGCAGAUCCACGCGAUUCUGCAACAGCAACAUGCGCAAGCCAUGGCCGACCGACAAGCCUACAUCCAGUAUCUGCGAGAAACGGAGUCAGAAAGACAGGAGUACAUGGAGCGGGAAGCCGAGGCAGCGCAUGCCGAAUACCUGCAACAGGAGGCCGAGGCUCAGCACGCCGCAUGGGUGCAUGAGCAACGGAUGCAGGAUCCGGAGUACCGGGCCUACGUCGAGAAGCAGCAGGCUGAAGCCCAGCACCAAGCGUAUCUGCAGCAAGAAGAGCAGUUGCGACAGGCGCGCGUCGCCCAGAAGGCGGCAGAGGCCAGGGGCGACCGCAAGUCGUCCUACUACACUGCUUCUCAGGCGUACACGGAACCGAUGUCGCCCGCCGAGAAGAUCAUGUCCACCUACAUUUCCCAGGCGCAGGCUCAUGCUGCCGAGGUUAUGCGUUCGCAGGAGAUUGCUCAACAGCAAAAGUUCUCCCAGCAGCCGUCCUACCGAGAGCCCUCGCCACCACCUCCGCCUCUCCCUCCCAAAGAUCCCAAGCCUCCGAGUUACUCGGCCUCCCCACGCCGUUCUCGCCGGCAUUAG